UUUGGGAAAUUACGUUUCUCACGUCACCACCCAAUAAAGAAAGGACUCCAGACCCAUCUCCCUCUACUUUUACACGCCCAAGAUUUCCCGGGACCCUCUCUCUCUCCAUUUUCUUGAUCAUCUUUCCUGAUUCGCGGGUUAUUGAAUCUAUCACCUUCAAAAAAAUUCAUCCUGUGAAGGCUCUCUCUCUCGUUAGCUUCUCAUGAUUCAAGCUCAAUUUUCCUCUGUUCAAUUAAACUGGUAAAUAAACCCGUUUGACUUGUUCUCUAUCUCCCUCUCUCUGUGUGUGUGAAUGUUUUUGUAACCUAAUAAAAUCUGGGUUGUUGUUAAAAAAAAAAAAAAAAACCCUUUCUGAUAUCUUCUGUUUGUUGUAAAGAAACCACACCCUUCUGAUAUCUUCUGUUUGUCGUAGAGAAACCAAAUCUGUAUUUAUCUACCAAUUCAUAUGCAUGUUGUAGAACCCAGUACCAAUUCAUAUGCAUGCGUAGAACCCUAACACUAUAAUUGCAAAUCAUAUGGACAAUUAUAACCAGCCUUCAUCCUCAUACCCAUAUGAUACUGGCUAUGGAUACCCUCAUGUUCCACCUCCAUACCCAAUUCCCAAUUCUGCACCAUACCCACCUUCUGCUUACCCUCCCCCUCCCUCCUCCUAUUACAAUACUUCUCAUUCAGGCCCUCUUUACUAUCAAUACCCACCACCAAAUCUUCCACCCCCAACUUUCCAUUCAGGCCCUUUAGACUAUAGCUAUCCCCCACCUUCACAUUCUUCCCCACAGCAUCCUUGUCCACCAUACCAAACAUACCCGCCUCCCCAAACAGCCAUUCCCUCAAGUCAACCAAGCUUCCAACGCCAGGGUGGUUUCCAAUAUGAUUCACCCCACCACCAUCAUCAACCCUAUCUGCCGUCAGAAAGCUACUCUAAUGUUCCGUCUCGUGCCAGUAGUUUCUCCAGCCAACACCGCCAGGAUAGUAUGUCAUCCGUUGCAAGUGGGUAUACAAGUGGGUAUAGUGAUAAUUAUGAUAAUUCCGGGGAGAAGACCCACAUGUACCCCCCCAUUGACGAUUUAUUAUCUAAUGUCCACAUAUCGGAUAAUGCCGGAUCUGUUGCUGCAUCGCCUCCAGCACCGGCAGCUCCUUCAGUGUCAAAUUCUUUAUUGCAUUCUCAAAGUGCGAAGUACGAAACCCAAGGGAAUUUGUACGGGAAUUUCAAUACUUCAUUUUCGGGUAAAUGGGAUGCAUCUCAUUCGGGUCCGAUGGAUUCCCCUUCUCAUCCUACUUUAUCCCAUUCAAGCUCAUUUCUUGAUUCCCCACAUAGUCAAAGUUUGCAGGUUGUGCCAUUUUCAACUUCUAAGGGGUCCUUAAAAGUUUUGCUCUUACAUGGGAACUUAGAUAUUAUGGUGUACGAGGCCAAGAACCUUCCAAACAUGGACAUGUUCCAUAAAACUAUAGGAGAUAUGUUUGGCAAAUUACCGGGGAAUGUGAGCAGCAAAAUUGAAGGGACCAUGAAUCAUAGGAUCACUAGUGAUCCUUAUGUCUCCAUUUCCAUUUCGAGUGCUGUGAUUGGGAGGACUUAUGUGAUUAGUAAUAGUGAAGACCCUGUUUGGAUGCAACGGUUUUACGUUCCCGUUGCACAUUCUGCGGCUGAAGUGCACUUUCUUGUUAAAGACAGUGAUGUUGUAGGGUCACAGCUUAUGGGAGUUGUGGCGAUUCCAGUGGAACAAAUAUACUCGGGGGCAAAAGUCCAGGGACUCUAUCCGAUUCUUACUGGCAAUGGGAAGCCCUGUAAGCCUGGAGCUGUUUUGAGUCUCUCAAUUCAGUACACACCAAUAGAUAUUGAUAACUGGGGCAUUUAUCGUUAUGGUGUUGGAGCUGGUCCUGAUUAUUUUGGGGUUCCUGGCACAUAUUUCCCCCUUAGGAGAGGUGGAACAGUUACUCUUUAUCAAGACGCACAUGUACCAGAUGAUUUCGUUCCUAAUUUAGAGCUUGACCGUGGGAUGCACUACGUUCAAGGAAAGUGCUGGCGCGACAUUUUUGAUGCAAUACGCCAGGCACGGCGUUUGGUUUAUAUUACUGGUUGGUCAGUAUGGCACCAAGUAAGACUGGUUAGGGAUGCAGAUAAUGCAGCAGUUUACACUCUGGGAGAUCUUUUGAAGUCAAAGUCACAGGAAGGAGUGAGAGUGCUACUGCUUGUGUGGGAUGACCCUACUUCAAGGAGCAUCCUGGGCUACAAAACAGAUGGAGUCAUGCAAACACAUGAUGAAGAAACUCGCCGAUUUUUCAAGCAUUCAUCAGUGCAAGUGCUACUUUGUCCCCGCACAGCAGGAAAGAAGCACAGUUGGGUCAAGCAGAGGGAAGUCGGAACAAUCUACACGCACCAUCAGAAAACUGUAAUUGUGGAUGCUGACGCUGGCAAUAACAGAAGAAAAAUUAUAGCUUUUCUUGGGGGACUGGAUUUAUGUGAUGGCCGAUAUGAUACUCCACAGCAUCCAAUCUUUAGGACACUACAUACAGUGCAUUCAGAUGACUAUCACAACCCCACUUACACGGGAAAUGUUGCUGGCUGUCCAAGAGAACCAUGGCAUGACUUGCACUGUAAAAUUGAUGGUCCGGCUGCAUAUGAUGUUCUGACAAACUUUGAGGAGCGCUGGUUGAAGGCUUCUAAACCCCAUGGCAUUAAAAAGCUGAAGAUGUCUUAUGAUGAUUCUUUACUCAGAAUUGAUAGGAUGCCUGACAUAGCUGGGGUGAUUGAUACUCCUUGCGUAAGUGAGAAUGAUCCUGAGGGUUGGCAUGUCCAGAUUUUCCGUUCUAUUGAUUCAAAUUCAGUUAGAAAAUUUCCUAAUGAUCCCAAAGAAGCUAUUAGCAAGAACUUGAUGUGUGGGAAGAAUGUUCUUAUCGACAUGAGCAUACAUACAGCGUAUGUAAAGGCUAUUCGUGCUGCUCAACAUUACAUCUAUAUUGAAAAUCAGUAUUUCAUAGGGUCUUCUUACAAUUGGAGCUCCCACAAGGACUUAGGUGCAAACAAUUUGAUUCCCAUGGAGAUAGCCCUUAAAAUUGCUGACAAAAUUAGAGCACAUGAGAGGUUUUCAGCUUAUAUUGUUAUUCCUAUGUGGCCAGAAGGCAAUCCAACAGGUGCUGCUACACAAAGGAUAUUAUUUUGGCAGAACAAAACAAUGCAAAUGAUGUAUGAAACCAUAUACAAGGCUUUAGUGGAGGUUGGGCUUGAGGAUGCAUUCACACCACAAGAUUAUCUGAAUUUCUACUGUCUUGGCAACCGUGAAGUUGUAGGCGAUGAAAUGUCAGCUUCAAGUGCAGAAAGUUCUGCUCCUGCAAACAGUCCUCAGGCAUUGAGCCGGAAAUACCGAAGAUUCAUGAUUUAUGUUCAUUCGAAAGGCAUGAUAGUGGAUGAUGAGUUUGUGAUAUUGGGGUCUGCAAAUAUAAACCAGCGCUCGAUGGAGGGCACCAGAGACACGGAGAUUGCAAUGGGAGCCUACCAACCUCAUCAUACUUGGGCAAAAAAAUCAUCUAAUCCACAUGGACAGAUCUACGGAUACAGAAUGUCUUUGUGGGCAGAGCAUCUUGGAACCAUUGAGGAAUGCUUUACUAGACCCGAAAGUAUUGAAUGCGUGAGAAAGGUCCGGUCAAUGGGUGAGGCAAACUGGAAACAAUUCGAAUCCGAUGAGGUGACAGAGAUGAGGGGGCACUUAAUGAAGUACCCGGUUGAUGUUGAUCGGAAAGGCAAGGUGAGGCCGCUUCCUGGAUGCGAAACUUUCCCUGAUGUCGGUGGACAAAUAGUCGGAUCAUUCCUUGCCAUUCAGGAAAACUUAACCAUAUAAAUCCAUUUGAAUCAGCUGAUUCUACUUACCUUCAGUAGCUAUUUUUUAACAUCCAUUAAUUAAGAAGGGUAACAAUGGAUACGAAUACCGAUUCUCAGUCAAUCUAGUGUGAAAAGUGCAGUUUUGAGUACGACUUGUAUUUUGCUUCAUGGUCAUCACCCCCUUUGAAGUUCGUUCCAAUCCUGGCGGCCAUAUGGUAAUCGAUUUUCUGUGUUGCUAAACUUAUACUAGUACCAAGUUGCAAUGUACAGUCAUUUGUUCCCUUAAGUUUGGUUUCCUUUAA